GGUAAUUGGAUAUCUCACUGUGCUGUAGCUUAAUUAAUUGACAGGGAAUAGACGUUUCCCUGGGCCUCCUGCCUAGUCUGUGGGUCUGUGGUGUCACUGCAGUACGAAAUUAGUCUCAUCAAGGCCUUUUCUAUCAUCUCUUUUGCCUUGCCAAUCAGAAAAUGGUCACAAGAAAUGCCACCUCCUUUGACCUGACGUUUCUUAGUAUAUCAAAUCAACCACCACAGUCUCAGCCAGUGAUGGCUCAACAGGACGAUGGAUGGCCUUUGGGAUUAAGAAUGCUAAAUGCUAGAGUUGGAUUGCUGGAAAAUCGGGACUUUCCUGGAUCAAUUUCCUUCAACACUUUACCUACUGGAUCUCCCAUCUCCUUCACUGACUCUUCGGUUCUUGACUCUGAGUCAAGCGGGUCAUUCUUCCAUUCUAAAAGCAUCACUCUGGGUAGCCUAAUCGGUGGUUCUACUUCUAACAUCAUGGAACUCACAAGAAGACCGUCAAGAGAAGGUAGCACAGAAGCCAGCCUAGGAGUUGACAGAAAGAUCAAUAACUACUUCAAGUUGAAGUCCAAGCCAUGGCUGUUUUCCCUGUGCUGCAAACUGAGCACCGAUGCCGUGAUCGCCACUAGAACUCACUCGCUGGCUCACUUUCUAGAAUUGGAGAGGAAACGAACUGCCACCGUAGCUGCCGCCCACCCUCGGCCAAUUGUCGGAAGAUCCAGCAAUAUUUUAACCAGUUGAAACACUGUUUUCAUUAGUCAAUGGCAAAGAGCAAAUAGGAAGAGGCCAAGGAGAGUGGUUAAUCGGUGGGGAAAAUGGGAAUGGGGUUCUUUGAUGUUGUUUUCAUCCUCUGCCUUCAGACAAAAUUAUUAGGCUGCCAUUCAUAAUACCGUUAAAUGUGCCAGUAGUGAGAUGCUUUUCUGGGUCUUCAUCAACUGUUUUGAGAUCUGACUCUGAUCUCUUAAAUCAGGUACUCAACAACCCCUUACUUUAAAAUUGUUUGUUACAUCUCUUGUUUUUGCAUAUUAAUUACUCGUUUGAGUUUUACUUUCUUGCCUCUGUUCAUUUCAAUUUGAAAACGGAAAGUAAUUUCAAUGAAACGAAACUUAUGUUGAUAUUUCUAAUGUUUCUUUCCGAAAUUUGUUUAACCUUGACAUUGUUUGAUAAAUUAGGAAGAGGGGGAGGGAGUAAAUAUUUGACAUACCUGUGAUAGACGUUUAUCUAGUCAAAUGUGUAGCUGUUAAAGUUAUUGUUAUGAUUAACUUCAAUUCAAUUGGUUAAGAUAUUAUGUACUCGAUUAAAAUAUAGAAGUUUAAAUCUCAUCCUAAUAUGUUUAAAUAAUAAUAAUAAAAAAAGAGUAUCAUUUGAUUUAUUGGAUACACUUGUGUCUUUGAUUUAUUGAUAUGAUCAACUUGAUUAUAACUUCAUUUGUUAUGAUAUUAUAUUUUUGAUUUAAAUAUUAGAAAUUGUCCAAACAAUGAAAGAAAGAAAAAGCGUUUCUUUAAA